AUGGACUCCACGAAGAAGAUCGUGAAGAAGCUGGCAGGCGACACUGCGGGCACCGCCGCGUGGGCUACCAACGUCAGGAAAGAGCACGGGCAGGUCCUGACGACCGUGCUGACGUCCCACGAGGGUACGGGCCUGGUGGACAUGGCGUCAAGCUUAAUGAAGCGCUACAGGGAUGCCAUGGAUCCUCCUCCACGUGUGAUCUACAUGGACCGUGACUGCUGCUCCCUGACGGGGUCCUCCAGCGUUGCCAAACUCUUCCACGAGUGGGAGGACGUGACCAUUGUGCGUCUGGACGUGUGGUAUCUCAUGCGGUGGUUUGCGAGCCCCGUCACCACAGAAAGCCACCAGUUGUACGGUGCUUUCAUGAGCGGCCUGUCUGGAUGCAUCUUCGUGUGGGAGGCUGGCGACGUGACAAGGCUGAGGGAGGCCAAGCGCCUUUUCGGCCUGAGCGACGACCAGGUAGAGCUCCGCAUCACAAAGAAGGAGCUGGCGAAGCACUGCAGGAGCCGCACGCGUGGGGCGGAGGAAACCACGUGGCUGAUCAGGCAGCUUACUGACACGUUUAAAGGGCACAAGGGCAGCGACACCAUGGGUAUACCCCUUUUGGACAGAGGGCGGAUCGAAGCUGUGUGGCAGUCCCAAAAACGCCACCUCAUCUGUAUCCAGGACCUUGACGAGGAGCAGCUGUACACUAAGGUCAGGCAGCUCGUUAAGGGGGGUGUGACGUUGCCCGUGUACCACUGCGCUCGAGGAUCCACCUCGCUCGAGUCCUUUCACCUGCACCUGAAUAAUUUCAUUCAAGGCACAAGUGCGAACGGCAUGCACUUGCAGGUGUACUUGCUGGAGGGCCUUGUGAGGUGGAACGAGAACCGUGCCAUCGCCGCCAUCAAGGGAGAAAAAGCUGCCCGAGAUCGCAGCCACUGCCGCCAUUAGAUCUGGCCUAAAACGCAAGUAGGACAGUGAUGAAGCCAGCAAAGGGUCCCAAGGUGAGGCCCCACCUUUGCAGGAGGGAGAGCUCAGCCCCACUUCAUUGUCGCCCCCACAGACCCGAGAAGAGUCACAUGGACCUGAUGGCGCACCAGGGUAUGAGCAUGUAAAUCUCGCAAUUGCUCUGGUUGGUCUUCGCAAGCUGACUCACCUGACUGACAGCAAGGUGGACGAGCUUGUUGCUUUGUGGGAGCUGCUUACUGACUCUGACAAGGAAAGGUCAGUGUAUCCUCCACGUCAUCAGGACAGACUAACCGCCAGACAAGUCAAGGACACAAAAUAUACCUUGGGCACUCCUGGCAUAGAGAGUCUCAAAAGGUAAGAGGUGUUUAAAUCACUUUAGGGAUGCUACUGACAAUUUGCCAAACUAAAGAACACUUGUCCUUAUCAGCCUGAACUCACUGAAAUGUUAGUGUUUUAUAGGUGUCUCUUGGGAGAGACUACCGGACCUGCAGAGUGGCCAGAUGUUAGCAGGGUUGUGGAAGCAGUCUGCCGGCAGUUGUGCGACCUGCACCCGUCUUCUGUACAGACCAAGGGGGUGCGGGUUGAAAGGUGGGCGUUGAUCCUUCAAGACUACCACAGCAUAAGACAGCUAGUCCUUAACGCUCCAGCGCUGCUGAGCAGGACUACGCUGCAGCUGUUUGAAAUAAAUCGGCGAACUCUUAUUCAGUGGUAAGUUUACCAUACAAAUGCUGCUU